UUAAACAUGUAUAGCUUGCUUACAAGGAAAUUUAUAUUGAUAUAUUUAUUUUACAUAAUUAAUAGGCCCAUAUAUUAUAUACAGUUUACAAACAAGCCCGGUGAUAUUUACAUUUAUGGAUCGGCUUUUAUCUACUGCUAACUGCAUCGUGGUGAUUUGAAAAAUACUUCUUGGUUAUUAAAAAUGGUUGAAGGAUACGACAGUUGCACCAACGUUGUAAGAAACACUGACAAACUUCUACAAGAAAAAAGUUUGUUAGAUUUUACUGUCCGAGUUGGGGACGUUGAGUUGCCAUGUCACCGUGUUAUUCUGGCAGCGUCGUCACAUUUCUUUAGAGCACUUUUAAUGACAGACAUGAAGGAGGCUAAAGAGGGUUGUGUAACGAUCAAUGGGAUUUCAUUGGAUAUAUUCCAGCUUAUUUUAAAGUCCAUGUACACGGGAAAGAUUAUUUUAAAUUUAGAAAAUUUCGUAGACAUAUGGCUUGCAGCGGACCAACUACAGAUAGACUUUGUUGUUGGACAUUGCGAAGAUUUUGCGAUAAAAGCCAUUAAUCUUGAGAAUUUUGAGAACAUUUCAAGUAUAACACAAUACCUGAAUUCGGAAAAAGUUUUAGAAUCUUUGGACACAUUUUUGCUUGAAAACUUCGACACCUUUAGUGAGGUAAAUGAUAAACCUAUUAUGGAACUCAGAUUCCGGGAUUUUAGAGGUCUAAUUGGUUCUCGGUAUCUUGAUUUAAGAAACGAAGACUGGCUAAUAAAAGUAGUGCUAAAGUGGGUUGAGUAUGUACCUGAAGAAGACAGUAGUGAAGACGAAGAUGAAGAAUGUACAUGCCAAAAAGAGAAUACUACAAGUGGAAUUAGUCCCAAAAGCAAAUCAGAUACAAGUGUUUUAGCUGUCGAGAAAGAUAAUAAAAGUCAAAACCAAAACAAAAGACUUCGAAGACUUGCAUCGUUAUUGAAGUCUGUGAGGAUGUGUCUUGUGAGUACACCACUUCUGAAACAUCUGCUAAAACAUCCAUUGAUAAUCAACAACACUAGGGCUACAAACAUUUUGAUUAAGACACUGCUGUAUAAGACAACACAUUAUAACCACGGACAAUGGCGAAAAAGUGCUACACAUCGCGACUCAAGUGAAUGGGCGCACUGUGGUGUUCUGUUUGUCAUAGGUUUUGACUUUAUAAUCCUGAGCGCGUACGAUGAGGAAAAGAUGUAUACAUGUGUGAACUGCAGUGAAAUUUAUCUAGACGUAACUUUAGUCAUAUUCGACUCUUAUUUGUUCGCUAUUGGGGUUAAAAAUGACGAACAAGAAAACAGCAGUUUGUGUGCUUUAGUUGGUAAAUCUUGGAGAAAAAUAACUGAAAUCCCAGGACGUAGGUUCGUGCUAGUAUCAUAUGAUGAGUGUAUAUUUAUUCUAAGCAAAAAUAAACCAGAAAUUUAUCAAAUAUUUCCUAAAUGUGGGAACGCAAAAGUUGAAGAAUUUACAAAGUUACCAGAGACAAUCAAAGUUCGACAGGCUAUACAUUAUCAGAGAUCGAUUCUGAUUUUCAGUUCUGUUACCGUCAAUGGUGAAGAGAAAACUGCAGUUCAUCAACUAGACAUUCUAACUAAGAAAUUAACAGAAUUAGAACAAUUUAAUGGACCAGCCAAGCACCUAUUAAGCUUCAGUGAUGAUAAACACACCUAUUUAUUACAGAGAAGUGGAGAUUUGUGGAUUAUUCGAUUCCAGUCUGGGAACAUUACAUUCCGAUUGCUGGGUAGAUUAUGGAAAACGCCGUUCAAAAUCCACGGUGUAUUCACUUACGACAGAACCAUGCGAAUCGCGUAUGCGUGCGUUAGUAAGAAAAACCCAAUCGAACAAUCCAUUGUGAUUCCGUCACCGUUGAAGGGUUAUUUUGAUUUAUUUGCAAACUGGCGUUUGAUGAAUGUUCCGUGUUCAAACUUCAUUCCAGCUGUUUUCCCCAAAAAUAUGUUGGUACCAUUAAUAGAUUAAAACAAAAAUAGCCUACGCUAUCUCUAGUGAUAUCUAUCACAGAUCGUGUUUCUUAAACAGUGUUGAAACAUGUAAUGUAUAAUACAGAUCUACAAUGGGUUUUUAAAACGUAUUUUGCCUAGGGUAAAUUAACAUUUACAUAAAUUACCUUAUUGGAACUUAUACUUAUAUCUCUAUUUAUAUUUGAAACUAAAGGUAUAUACCAAUAUCUGAUAGGUCUCGUCAUAAUUUAAUGUGCACAUAUUCAUAUUGGGCGUGAAAUAUACAAUUGAUGAAAUUAAAAUAUAUUUUUAUUUCUUCUGCAUAAAGAAUAUUUAUUAUGCAUACAUCUAAAUUAGCGGAGUACUAUAAAGUAUUUUUAGAUAGGAAAUUAUCUCAAUUCUACAUCUUGCUUUAGUUGAUCAAUAUUAGUUGAUCUUUAUUAAUAGAAUAAUAUUCAAAGAAGCUUAAACUACAAUUUAAAAAAAAAUCUUUCUUUAAAGAUGACAGAUUGUAUUAGAUGUCUUACAAAUAUAAUCUAUAACGUGAAGUGAUCAAUUAUGUGCCUUUAUAUCGGAUAUAUUUUAAAUCAAGAUCUUCUGCUACUAUAGGAGAUGUAUUAAAACAAUGUCCUCAGUAGAAUUUUAUAUGUUGCAUUUGUUCUUUGAGAGCGAUCUUAGAAUAGGGGUAUUAUAGAAUAGAGUUUGUCUGUGAACUACAAGUUAUUUAAUACCAUUCUUAGAUAAGCUUUAUCUUAUUUAAGUCACUGAGUCGACUUAGGAGCUUGACCAAAGACAAAGUGUAAAUGAUUAAGAAUGUUACUUAUAUGAAAUAACAACUUUAUAAAAUUUUAAUUUUUAGUAUGAUACAUAAAGAGUUAAAUUGAACAUUUGAUAAAUUUUACACAUUUGUUUUGCAGAUUCAUGUAUGUAUGUUUUAUAAAUAUUAUUCCUACU